GAAAUUUUUGAUAACAUAAAGAAACGCUUUGUUUUAUUAGUUAUAUUAUACAAAUUGAAAAUGAGUUUUGAUUAGACUACUGUUCCUCAUCGACCUCUAUUGCGAGUUCUACGUAAACAACAUAUUGGUUGGAACAUUUGCUGCGUUUGGUGGGAAAAAUUUUAUAUGGAAGAAAUAUUUAUAUACUUUUCCAUAUUCUAGUCGAAAAUAUUGUGAACUUCGCUCACUCAAGUAUGACUUUGUAAUUUUUAAUAUUUUUAUUUCUCUCAAGAAUUUGACAAGACAAGAAAAAGAAAAACUAAAUAAUAAUUAGGUCUGAACCAGACCACAAAAAAUGUACUUUUUGAUCGAAAAUAAAAGUUGAUUACAAGUCAACUUUUCUCUCAUGUGAUUAUUAAUUUCUCUUAAUGUAAUCUAAAGUAUUCAAACAUCACAUAGUUCCAAGAGAACCCCGAUCAGAUACAGUGCAAGUUACGAGCCAAAGAAUUUACGCUCGUGAACAACAAAAGAUGCUCUCACGUGUGCUCGCAAGUCAUUUCGUUUCUGGAAAAGGUAGUUUCUGAAAACCACUAUUCUUAGAACGCAGCCAGUUUUUUGCCGGUUUUUCACCUGUUUAGGGUAUAAUUCUAACCGAAAUUUAAUGGCGUUCGCAGUAUCUUUUAUUCAACAAACAAACAAAAUAUUGUAUUUUGUUCGAAUUUUGUGUCUACUUUCAAAUUACAUAUUACUGAGAAACAUCUGUGAAAUCGAUUUUUCAACAGUGAUCAAAAUACUAAUAGAAGCCUAUUCUUAAGAGAACAGGAGAUGUUCUGCAGAAAAAAUUCAUGCUUUGCGAUCUGCUCUUGAAUAAUCAAUGAUCCGAGUAUCUUUUCUGAUUUCAUUUGUCUUAACUUUGUACUUUAUAUGUCUUAUAUACGUUCCUCCUCGGAAUAAAAUAAGCCCAAAGGCUAAAAUUUCAUAUUUGAAACAUUGUAUGGAGAGAUCGAAGGAGAUAAUUUGAGUUCUUUUCAAACCUACAGUCAAUAUUAACAUCAUAUUCUCUUAGGUGCUGGAAAUCAUCAAGUUUCCAAGCUUUAUUUCGAUUAAUUGAUAAAUCGGCAACAGAUGGUCAAAUUUUAAUCGAUGGAAUUGAUAUUAAUACAAUCGGUUUAUGUGAUUUACGAUCAAAGUUGAAUAUUAUUCCACAAACACCUGUAUUAUUUAGUAAUACAUUAAGAUAUAAUUUAGAUCCAUUUAAACACUACAUCGAUGGCCAAAUAUGGGAAGCUUUAGAAGCAGUAGAAUUGAAAAGUAUGGUUUGA